CUCCGGGUCUGCCUCACUCGGCCCUUCUUGCGAGCCGUUUAGUAGGACUUGGCCUCUCGCGCUGGGGCCGAAUCCUCCUUCUCCGCUGCGACGACUCAGCCGGGCAGCGUCCGGCAGGCUCGAGGCGGCCGGAGCCACGCUAGGCGGAGACCUAGCGGUGCGUUGCGGGGCGUCAGGGCAGCCUGCCUCCCUUUUCUGCUUAGCUCGGGGCUUGUGAGUUACAGGUGACUCUGAAUUUUCCAGCUGCAGAAUGUGUAGUACCUUAAAAGGUUGGCAAUGAUGAGUAAACUGGGAUUAAAGGAAGACAAGAUGCUGGAGGUUCAAUUUGUGGGAGAUGAUGAUGUUCUUAAUCACAUUCUUGAUAGAGAAGGAGGAACUAAAUUAAAGAAGGAGCGAGCUCAGCUUUUGGUCAAUCCCAAAAAAAUAAUAAAGAAGCCAGAAUAUGAUUUGGAGGAAGAUGGCCAGGAAGUCUUAAAAGAUCAGAACUAUGUAGAAGUUUUGGGAAGAGAUGUUCAAGAAUCCUUGAAAAAUGGCUCUGCUGCAGAUGGUGGGAAUAAAGUAUAUUCUUUUCAGACUAGGAAACACUCGGAAAAAAUGGCUAAAUUAGCUUCAGAACUAGCAAAAACACCAAGAAAAAGUGUUUCAUUCAGUUUGAAGAAUGAUCCUGAAAUUAUGAUAAACAUUCCUCAAAGUAGCAAAGAGCAUUCUGCUUCAGACAAAGUUCAGCUGAAGAACAAUGACAAAGCUGAAUUUCUGUCGACAACAUCUCGUAGUCUAAGAAAAAGGUUAAUUGUUUCAAGGUCCCAUUCUGACAGUGAAAGUGAGUAUUCUGCUUCCAACUCAGAGGAUGAUGAAAGAGUUGCACAGGAAUAUGAAGAGGACACUAACACAGUUGUAUUCAGCCAGAAGAUUCAAGCUCAGAAUAGAGUAGUUUCAGCUCCUGCUUGCAAAGAAACACCUUCUAAGAAAAUGAAAAGAGAUAAAACAAGUGACUUGGUAGAAGAAUAUUUUGAAGCUCAUAGCAGUUCAAAAGUUUUAACCUCUGAUAGAACACUGCAGAAGCUAAGGAGAGCUAAACUGGAUCAGCAAACUUUGUGUAAAUUAUUGAGCAAGGUUUCUCCUUCCUUUUCGGCUGAAAUUAAACAACUAAAUCAACAGUAUGAAAAAUUAUUUCAUAAAUGGAUGCUGCAGUUACACCUUGGGUUCAACAUUGUUCUUUAUGGUUUGGGUUCUAAGAGAGAUCUACUAGAAAGAUUUCGAACCACCAUGCUGCAAGAUUCCAUUCACGUUGUCGUCAAUGGCUUCUUCCCUGGAAUCAGUGUGAAAUCAGUCCUGAAUUCUAUAACAGAAGAAGUCCUCAAUCAUAUGGGUACUUUCCGAAGUGUACUGGAUCAGCUAGACUGGAUAAUAAACAAAUUUAGAGAAGAUUCUUCUUUAGAACUCUUCCUUCUUAUCCACAAUUUGGAUAGCCAAAUGUUGAGAGGAGACAAGAGCCAGCAAAUUAUUGGACAGUUGUCAUCUUUGCGUAACAUAUGCCUUAUAGCAUCUAUUGAUCACCUCAAUGCUCCUCUCAUGUGGGAUCAUGCAAAGCAGAGUCUUUAUAACUGGCUCUGGUAUGAAACUACUACAUAUAGUCCUUAUACUGAAGAAACCUCCUAUGAGAAUUCUCUUCUUGUUAAACAGUCUGGAUCCCUACCACUUAGUUCCCUGACUCACGUCUUACGAAGCCUUACCCCUAAUGCAAGGGGGAUUUUCAGGCUACUAAUAAAGUAUCAGCUGAAUAACCAGGAUAACCCUUCUUACAUUGGACUUUCUUUUCAAGAUUUUUACCAGCAGUGUCGGGAGGCAUUCCUUGUCAAUAGUGAUGUCACUCUCCGGGCCCAGUUAACUGAAUUUAGGGACCACAAGCUUAUAAGAACAAAGAAGGGAAGUGACGGAGUGGAGUAUUUAUUAAUUCCUGUUGACAAUGGAACAUUGAAUGAUUUCUUGGAAAGGGAAGAAGAGGAGGCUUGAAGCUAUCCUUUACUCUUGAACUUUCUAUGGAAGGGUUGGUGUACCCCAGCUGCCACUUCUCUGGUCAAAAGUGUUGUGUUUACAUCCAACAUUAGAUUAUUUUUCCAGCAUACAAGAUUUAAAAUUGGGAAGAGGAAUAUCAUCAAUUAGAACUUUUUAUUAGCCUGACUGGUGUACUGUCUGUAGUACUGUGCAGCGGUCCUCAUGUUUGAGAAAAUGUGCCUUUCAUUCAUUACCUCUCUGAAGACUUCUUGCUGGAAUGAAGUGUGCUCAGGGACUGUUUGGAACUGGAUGUUUUUGAAUUCUUUUAUACUAGAGAUAUUAUUUCUAAUUUUUUGAGGGCCUUUUAACACUCCUCGAGCUGAUUGUUUGCAAGUGUGCUUGUUCCAGAGUAUGGAAGUAUAAAGGACAUAGGCAUCACGUAAA